GGAGCCACCCUUUCUUUUGGCCGGACGGCGCCUCGUUGUCAAGCGGCGGCCGCUCUUAGGCCGGCGGCGCCCUCGUCGGCCUGGGCGGACCGGAGAAGAUGGCGGCGCCCAUGGAGGUGGCGCUGGUGACGGACGCCGCCGGGCCGCUGAGCAAUUGCUCGGUGUGGGAGCUGCACUCGGGCUCCGCGCUCCCCGGCUACCGGGGCGGCAACAGCGGGGCGCGGGGCCUGGCGCUGCUGGGCGGGGAGCACCUGCUGGGGGCGCAGCUGGGCAAGGGCUACAUCAACGUGUGGGAGCUGCAGAGAAAGGAUCAACUCCAGCAGAAGAUCAUCUGCCCUGGGCUGGUGACUUGCCUGACAGCUUCCCCUAAUGGUCUCUACAUCCUAGCAGGCAUUGCUGAGAGCAUCUAUCUGUGGGAGGUCUCCAGCGGGAACCUCCUCGCCAUCCUGAACCGACACUACCAAGACCUCACAUGCCUCUGCUUUACUGACGACAGCAGUCACUUCCUCUCGGGGGGUAAGGACUGCCUGGUCCUGGUGUGGAACCUUUACAGCACGCUGCAGGUGGAGCACUCCCAGAUCCCUGAGCCCCGCCACGUGUGGUCUCGACACAGCCUGCCCAUAACAGACCUGUCCUGUGGCUUCGGGGGCCCCUUGGCUCGAGCAGCCACCGCCUCCCUCGACCAGACGGCCAAGCUCUGGGAAAUCUCCUCCGGAGAGCUCCUGCUCUCUGUCCUCUUUGAUGUGGGCAUCAUGGCAGUGACCCUUGAUCUCUCAGAAUAUCACAUGUUCUGUGGUGGCAUGGACGGUUCCAUCUUUCAGGUCGACCUCUGUGCCUGGCCUGUUCAGAGAGACCGAGCCUUCCAGUCGGAGCGGGAGAAUGGGAAGAUCUUCAAGGGGCACAGGAACCAGGUGACCUGUCUGUCCGUCUCCACGGACGGCAGCCUGCUGCUCUCUGGCUCGCACGACGAAACAGUCCGGCUGUGGGACAUCCAGAGCAAGCAGUGCCUGCGGACGGUGAAUCACAAAGGCCCGGUGACAAACGCCUUCAUCACACUGGCCCGAGCCAGCAUGUUUAACCCAGACAGCAAGCCUGGCGUGCCGCUGCCCAAAUUCAGCAAACACCUGCACGGGACCGAGAGCAGCGAGGAUCAGCGAGCCGAGGGGGUAACGGUGCGCCUCGGCCUCCACCAGCAGGGGGCUGGGGAGAGCUACUUGGAAAAGGCUGAACGGUUCUACUCGCAGAUGUGCUCGACAAGGGAAAAGAACCUGAUGGGAGACCAGGAGCAGCUGAAGAUCCAAGUGACUGAGCUGGAGGACGAAGUCAGCACGCUCAGGAAGAUCAAUAAGAACCUCUUUGACUUCUCUGCCCGCAUCAUCACUAAGUCAGCCAAAUGAGCGCUCGCUCCGCCCAGCCCUGCAGAGCUCUUGGCGGGGAGGCGGCUAGGCCCCCGGGUGUUGGUGCCCACAGACGUGUGAGCCAGGCAGUCCACGUGGCCGGGCCACCUCCCGUGGAAAUCCACAGCACAGGCCGAGCAAACAGGCAUCCACACGCGGACUCCGACGCACAACAGACGAGCACACGUAGGCAGGACACCAGGUGCCAUCAGACAGGCAUUGUACAUGUAGUCCCGCGUGUCUGUUUUCACACACCUCUGUCUGCAUGCGUCGGUGUAUGCAGGGGAAGGGCAGUGGGAUCUCAGCGUUGUUCUGGGCACUGGCCGUGGGGGAGACCAAACCAGGACUUGGACAGUUGCCAGUGAAGAUACUAAAGGGAAGUGUUACCAGGUUGUGGGGAGAAGGGAGGUAGAUCCAGGGGAUACCACCCUUCUCUUCCCCUUGUUCUUACUCUGCCAUGGUGCGUGGACCGAGCAGCAAGUGCUGCUUUUGUCUCCUAACACACUGGAGUGGGGGAGGGGACGCUGCGUCUCUCUCCCCCUCCCCGAGUGGAGAUGCUGCUGCUUGUCCCUGAAUCCUCUGCACUAAACCGGCUGGCUGAGGGGCAGGGUUGGAAGUUCCCACCGGUGCCAAAUCUGGGACUGACCGUCACAGAGCCUGAGCCAGCAGGACACCGAGGCCUCUUGGAAGCCCUAGUCCUCUCCCCAACCCCCAACUCUUCAGCUGGCUCGUUUAGUGCACAGGAGGGAUGGAAGAAGCUUGUAGUCUUCCCCCUUUCUGGCCAAGCAGAGUGUUUUAUCGGGAGGGGGGUGACAACCCUGCUCCAAGGUUGGUGGACUAUUUCAGGGCAUGAGAUUAACCCUUUGUGGGAGGUGCAUUGGGUGCUACAUGGAUGCAGUUGCUUACGGCAGAGCCGCUGAGUCAAACUAGUCCCCAGCCUGGGAGGUUAUUUUUUAUCAUUCUGGCUCCAGUUCCUUUUGUUCUCAGACCGUUUUCUUGGGAAUUUGCCUUUGGACUCUGUCUCCUUUUGUAUCGUGUUGUGGCGUUUGGUUUGAUUUGGGGGUUUUUUAACAUAAAAAUUGUUUUUAUAGUGAUA